GUUUUCUAGCCAUUCAAAUAUUCGUGGCCUGCUAACACUUGGUUUUAUCAUUCAAUUCCCGCCGUUUAUUUGUAGAUAUUUUCUUCCUUAUGCUCUGAGAAUACUAGAAUAUGAAAACACUCUCUCCGGAUUCAUAUUCUCUGAGCUGUAUCUAAAGCCCUAAUCAGCUAUUAUACGAAAGCUUAAGAGGCAUUGGCAUGAUGCAAAUAUGCUGAUAAUACAUAUGCCGAAAGGAAUUAUCAAGUGUCGGACAAAUUUCUUACUUGAUAUUUCUAUUGGAGCUUCUUCAAGAAUUUUUUGCAACCAAAUAUUGCGUAAUUCCUGUGGCUCUGAUGGUGCCGAGUUUAAAAUUCGUCAGUUUAUGAGUAUAUCAAAACAAAGAACUUCAACAAAAUGGCUGUGUGAAUCACGUCUCGUUCCUUCAUCCAAUGAUGAUGAUGAGUAUCGUUCAUCUCGAAAUAUAGCUAUCAGCCUGUUUAGGAGGUACAGGAAUGUCAUCAAUCGCGGAGGAUGUGACAACUUAAAAGAGUUCAUUGGUGCAGGCGUAAAUGCAUAUGCACUUGGCUGUACUCAAGAAGGAUUAAGGAGAGAACUUACAGAUAUGAAGGAAUCUGGGAUUGAAAUAGAGAGGACUCGAAGCAAUGGUGGAAACGCGAGCUUGAAGUCCAAAAUAUUCUCUGAAGAGGUUGAUGAGUGCAUUCUUUGGUUGAGCAUCAUAUUUAUCACAAUCUUGUGCACCCCACAACCAACUGUUGUGAGAUGGUCAGCUACGCCUCCAGUCUCAGAUGAUAUCCUGCUUCGGUGGAAAGGAUUUUGUGCACUCAUAGCUAAUGCAUAUUAUAUAAAAGGAAUGGCAUGGCUUCCAGUGAAGACACUUCAAUUAGAACAAAUGGCAGUUGUUGGGCAUUCUGAGGAGCCAUCAGUUGUUGCUAGCCGAAUGCAAUUAGUAUUCAGUACUCUAGAGGUAGUCAGUCCACAAUGGCCAAUUAUUUAGUUGCAAAAUUUGCAAUCCGAUGUUUCAGGUAUGGAACAGAUGUUUGUAUAUUCUCUGUGAAAAAGUAGUUUACUAAUGCGAAGCAAUAUAUGUGUAUAUGAUAAGUUUCAUACUGUGGGUUUCGACCCCUUUUGUUCCGCGGCAACUACUACUAUAGUUUAACCUCUCUGGUACAUAUGGAAAUCUGUCCAUCAAUCUUGCUGUCCUUGGAAUGAAAGCUUGGCCUUUGUUAUAUAUGUAUGGAUUUUCAUCUGGCAUAGAAGUGAAAUUUUCAUAUAUGUUGUUAA